UUUAACGCUUCAAUUCGUGGUCUUGGGCGGCUCGAAUGAGCUGUGAUGUUGUCUGUUAAAAACUAAGUUUUAUUUUUGUGUUAAUAUAUAUAUUUUAUAUAUUUGAAAUGAUGUGAAUCCCAAAGUGUAUAUGAUGCAAAUGGCAUUACAAAACUUGUGGAUCGGUAAAAGUUUUGGCCACUAAAUCUGACUUGAAUGCAAAUGAAGCGAUCACCAAAGCCAAAUAUACGCAAUUAUGUGCAAUUAAAUUGACAAUAAACCUUUUUCAAAUACGGUUUUUUUCCUUUCAAUAAACGAGUAUAAAAACAAAAAUGUUAUAAGUCAAGUUGCCGGUGCGAGCAAUACAAAGCAUUUGUUUUCAAUAGAGGCCUAAUUAUUUUGAACUCAACUAAAAAUCUGGAUUGUUUGAUUGAUUUUAAAAUGAAGUUUAACCCAGCUAUGAAUCACGUAUAUCUAAAUGACGCCUUCAAGUCCUCCACCAUAUCCAUCAACUUAAACCUUCCAGAGCAAAGUACCAGUGACUGCAAUUUGGGAGCAUCAUUUCAGGAGUCCAAGGAGCUUGUACUGACAGAAGAUGGCCGAAAGGUGCCCCCAGCUGCGAGCCGAAGUAUUCUGGACAGGUCGAGAAGCUGUUUCGAGAACUGCAAAAGGCGCCUAUUCAAUAAGAGGACGCUGCACAAGCGCCUGCCCAUUCUGCGCUGGCUUCCGGCGUAUAGAAGCGAGGAUGCCAUUUGUGAUCUGGUAGCCGGCAUAAGUGUCGGACUCACAGUCAUUCCACAGGCGCUAGCCUAUGCGGGAAUUGCAGGUCUUCCUGUGGCGUAUGGACUGUACUCUAGUUUCGCUGGCUGCUUCGUGUAUAUAUUCCUGGGCAGUUGUAAGGACGUGCCGCUGGGUCCUUCAGCUAUUGUUGCGCUGCUGACGUAUCAGGUGGCGCAGGGCUCCUGGCAGAAGUCCGUGUUGCUUUGCCUUAUGUGCGGAGUAGUUGAGCUGCUAAUGGGCCUGUUUGGGCUGGGUUUUCUCAUUGACUUUGUUUCUGGGCCGGUGGCGUCAGGCUUCACCUCAGCCGUCUCGCUGAUUAUCCUAUCCUCACAAAUUCAGAAUGUGCUGGGCAUUAAGGCCAAUGGCAAUACCUUUGUGGAGGUCUGGAGGCAGGUGUUCGCCAACAUACAAGACUCGCGACCGACGGAUACUAUUCUAGGAAUCACGUGCAUUGUGGUUCUCCUGAUGCUGCGCAUGCUCUCCUCAUACCGCAUUGGACCUGCACCGGAUGCGCCGCACUCGCGCUGUCAACGCGUUGCCAACAAGCUCUUCUGGAUUGUGGGCACGGCGCGCAACGCGAUUCUGGUCGUCGUCUGCUGCAUCAUGGGCUACCUGCUGCACAGCGACCAGCAUGGAGCGCCUUUUCGCAUCGUAGGCGAGAUACCCCCGGGCCUGCCCAGUGUGCAGUGGCCCCCCACAUCUCUAAGCGCCAACGAGACCGCAGACGGCAAUCCGCAGGGCUUCGUCGACAUGGUGCACAGCAUUGGCUCCGGGCUAAUAGUGAUUCCCCUGAUCUCCCUCAUGGAGAGUAUUGCAAUUGCAAAGGCUUUCGCCUUUGGCCAGCCCAUCGACGCAUCCCAGGAGCUCAUUGCUAUCGGCACAGCCAAUAUACUGAACUCCUUCAUGCAGGGCUUCCCGGGCACCGGUGCCCUCAGUCGUGGAGCUGUCAACAAUGCCAGCGGGGUUCGCACUCCACUGAGCAACGUUUAUUCGGGAACCUUAGUCAUUGUAGCACUGAUGUUUCUUACGCCGUACUUCUACUUCAUUCCUAAGGCCACGCUGGCUGCAAUUAUAAUUGCCGCGGUUGUCUUCAUGAUCGAGAUCAAAGUAUUAAAGCCCAUCUGGCGUUCCAAAAAGAGUGAUCUGGUGCCGGGAAUUGGAACCUUCGUAGCUUGCCUGGUGCUGCCUUUGGAGUGUGGAAUUCUCAUUGGAAUUGGAAUCAAUGUUAUUUUUAUAUUGUACAAUGUGGCUCGUCCGAAGUUAAGCUUCGAGCUUUUGUUAACCCAAUCAGGCAUAGAAUAUUUGAUGAUUACACCCGAUCGUUGCCUAAUAUUUCCUUCAGUGGAAUAUGUCAGAAACUGGGUUAAUAAACACUCCAUACGCCAGAAUGUGCCUGUCGUCGUCGAUGCGUCGCAUGUUUAUGGAGCUGACUUUACCACGGCCACCGUUGUUGGUUCCCUAAUCAGCGAUUUCCAGCAGCGACAACAGUUACUAUUCUUCUACAAUCUGAAGCCAACUAUCUAUGAGCUGUUCAAGCAAGUAUCGGCAGCUCAGCUUGUGGUCUACUAUCAAGAGCAUCAGCUUGAAAAUUUACUAAAGGAACGAAACUAUUCACAAAAAUCAGAUCCUGCAUAAUAUUUCAGCUAAAUUUG